AUGGAAUCUAAAAUGGAAUAUAAACGUUUCUUGGAGAAAGGACAAAUCCCUAGCAGAAAUAUGUCUUCAUCAUCGAUUUCAUUUAUGAAGGCAUCAACUCUAGAUUCUUUCACGCUUUACUUGAAUGGAUCAAGAGUUCAAGUUUCUGUUCGUGCUCUUACCGAUGAAAAUGAUCCAACACAACUUCGUUCACUCUCUCCUGGAAAGCUUGUGAGAUUUUUGGUGGAGUCUGGCGAUCAUCGUGUAGAAGAAGCUGUCUAUGCUUUACGGGACGAAUACAAGAAUAAUCAUCAGAUUAGGCCCGCAAAUGUUGGACAAGCCCUUGAUAAACCUAUUCAUCGAUUUUGGAUAAAUUGGCGGAACUUGGAGGACAAAGUAUUGAAGGCUGCAGAUAUAGAGAGUCAUUAUGGAGAUGAUGAUUAUAAUUACCGAACCACAAGAUAUGAUUCUCUCAAAGAAUUAAUUGAUACUGGAUUUGAUGUUUUCGAUGUUCUUCCAAAUAUCUUUUAUCAACAAGAUAAUUGGGUUGGGCUUGCCGCAUUAGAAGUUUACGCCCGACGCGCUUAUCCCCCAUUUAUGGUCUCUUUGAACUUCUCACUUCAUAGUGCUAGGACUGAUAGUCCAACUGGUUCGGUCGAAGCCCCUCGUUUUUUAAAAUAUACCACGAAUUUAAAACUUUUUCCAAAAAUACAAACUGCCCAAGGAUGGAAAUCUCAGGAUCCAUCAGAUAGAAGCAAUAUAAAUAAUGUUUUGAACUUCGCUUUAAGGCUGGAAGAUGAUGUUAUAGAGGAUGAAGCUUUGAAAAACAACUCAAACCCAACAUUCUUAUGA